CUCUCACUCUUUGCACGCCGGUGGUCCGGUAGACUCCUGCGGGGCGGGGCGACGGUGUCUGCCUGGAGGAGAAUCAUUCUGAACUCCAGUAACCUCCUCUCCACAUUUUAUUUUUUUUCUCCACGGCUGUUCAACGAAUUACUCCAUCAGUGGCUGAAUCAGAGAGCCCUGCCUCUUUUCUCAUUGGACUGCACGGCCCAGCCAAGCUGUCAGCCCAUGUGGCGUGGCCAGGCAGAAUGAGAGAGACAUUUAAAUUCAUCAGAGGAAAGAUUUAAAGAAGCGCGGAGGGAGGGGAACGUCGUUAGCCUUAUCUACGGAGUAACGGCGGCAGGGAUACAGAGACAUUUACAGUAGCAGGAACACCGGCAUAUAAGAUAAGAUAGCGAACGGAAAUAACCCGGGGAAUUCAUGCCAAACAAGCUCUAACAUUCACCGAGAGGUUCAACGCCGUCAGUUUACAGGGACAUCAAACCGGUAAGUUCGCCAACGGCUCUUAACGGUAGCUGCAAUUAUAUGAUAGGAAGCGUGGUCACUCUCAUUACAUUGUAUGACUUUAUACAUCAAAACACGAUUUAUAACUUCGUAUAUCCCUACUUCCCCUUAUUGUAAACAAGACAGUAGAGCGUUACAUUGAACAGAAACAGAGAGUACAUUUGAUUCAACUGUAAAGAAGUCAAUAUUAGACUCUCAGGUCUCUAAAAUCUGAAGGGUCGAUGUUUUUGCCUCGUCACUGCAGUCCAUGUGAAACAUUCAAUCAUCAAUGCUGUUUUACUUUUACUGUACUCUCAUCACAGCUGUGAAACUUAAGUAUGAACUCAAGAUCAAACCCCCUUGUAAAUGGUCAUUUAGUAGGUCUGACUGGGUGUAUCCAAGUAAGAUUUCACAGGCUGUCGUGAUUGUGAUUGUCCUUGUACCCUGGUGCCAGUGGCUUUGCUUUCACUCUCAGUGUUGGCAGCUGCCCAGACAUUACCCACAUUUUGGUGCUCCAUCAGGUAAAUACAGCACCAAAUAGCAUGGUUUGCAUGUUUGUUUUUCACAAUAAAUCAAAUGUAGGAUAUUCAACAGAUGAAUUUAUAUAAAAUGAGCACAUCAUCAACUGUAUGGACAUAAUUGGCGCCCACCAUAAGCUUUGUUGCCAAAAGGUUGCAUGAUUUGGUGAAACCAAGGCAUGCACAGCUGCUGAUCAAAACACACUUGGGAAAUGUUGAUGAUUCAGGUAGGUACAUCCACAACAAAACAGAUUGUUAAAGGGAUAUUCCAGCGUAAAAUUAAGUUAGGGUCAAACACACCGUGACACCGAGUUAGACACCCCGUCGACUUUAGUAACGACCCCAUAUAGCAAUACAGAGAGCCACGCGCUCAACCAAGAAGCCACUCUAUAGUCACAAAUAAUGCUCAGAACAGCACCUAACUUCAUCAACAGUAUAUAUAAUGUCCCAGCCACAGCACUAGCCACCAAACAUCUUUUUAGCUUUGCCUGAUUUCUUCAGCAAAGAGACUAAACACAACUCACCUACUCUCUUCCAGCAGCCGCUUGUUUGUAGCAAGACCUCGACCAGUCCAUUACAGACUGCUGUGGGGUGACGCAGCUCAAGGAAGAACAUUUAUGAUGAUUUCUUUAUCAUUUCCUUAAAGUAAUAAUCACCAUAUUAAUCAUUUUACACUGCAGACGCCGACUUUUUCUGCGUUAGCAUCUCGGUCUGAUUGCAUUUCCAUGAGAAAAGCUGCAUUAGCUGCAAUUAGCUGCAUUAGCCUCAUUUGUAAACAGUACUUAUAAAAAACUGAACAUUAGAAAUACGAGCACUUUACCACCAUAGAGGCUGGUUUUACAACAUGUGCUGCAGCCAGUCAGCAGGGGGAGCUCUAAGUCUUUUGCCUUCAAGUUCGACAGAUACUUAUAUUGUCGGUUAGAGGGUAGAUUGGUUUAAUUCAGCAAUAACCUCAUACUUGACAAUAGUUUGAAUUCAAAGCUAAGCAGAUUGUGGUUUGCUUUGUCAGGAAAUGUCGCCCUCUAAAUUGGUAUCAGUCGAACCUGAAUAUUUGUUUCCUGUAUCAAAUACUUGUGCCCAGUCAAAGAGGAGACAAUCGUCCAAACAGGCUCAUCCAGCUCUAUUUGUACUGCCUGCUGGGGGUGUGUUGGUUUCCACGGAUUAUGGCGUAAACAACAUGCCAGUGCCAGUCUGUCAUUCUGUUAACACUGAUGAUGUCAUAACAUCAGAUGCUGCUCUGCUGCACUGGCAUGUGGUCACAGGAGUGAGACACUGACAAGCAGCCAUGAUUAGAGGAUGGGCUUUGAGUCCAGCUUGACCACUUGGAGGUCACUGAGUCUACAAGCCUCCCUGAACCUUUACAGACCCAGUCAGCUCAGAAUGAAUGGCUCAUUGAUGCUUCAUAUCCACAUUGUGGACUCACAGUUUCCCCUGCUGGUGUGAAUCUAGGGUUGGGGCAUGAUUGCUGAAGGAAAUUGAAAAUCAAACAGCUUUGGUAUUAAAAACUGUCUGAAAUUCUCUCUGUGGAGUUUAACUGACCACUCUUGAGUGUAUCCGCAAAAGUUUCCAUAAAAGAGCAAGCAGCUCAGUUUUGCAUAAAGAGCAAAAAGAGCUAAGAAGUGAGUGGACAACAAACACCAAUACAGUUCAAUAUUCACUGUAUUUCCUUGUUUGCCUUUGGCGCUAUGUGUUUGCAGAUGGACAUAAAUGUUUUCUUUAACAAUUAAAUUAUGCAACAAAGAAACUAGAAUUGCUGCAAUGAAUGAAUAGUUUACAUAAAUUCAUUGGUACUUGAAGAAACACACUCAGUAUGAAUUAAUGUGCACAUUAUCCCUGAGAAGAUAGCGCUAGAUUUAAAGUUUGUGUUGUUUUUAGAGUAAAAAUGGUAAGUAUCCCUCCUCACUUCAAGGAUCACACACCUGUAAAGUAAAGAUGCAGUUCUGGAUUUUUUUUGUCAUUUUGUGUCCACCCCUCUAUCAAGCUAUGUGACAAGCCAGGUCUUGUCUCAAGGGGCUGGAUGUACAGAAAAAUAUUCAAAUUUUAUGUCUGAAAGGAAUUUGCUAAUGGGUGACUGUAGAGGAUAGGCUGCAGGCAGCUACCCAUCCAUCCAUCAAUCAUCCCUACCACUCAUCCUGGAGCCAAUAAGAGCUAGUGUUAGGGGAGAGGCGGGGUACAUACUGACAGGCUACCCGUCAAUCAAAGCUGACACUUGGAGACAGACAAUCCAGCACAUAUACACACACCUUUGAGCAAUUCUAACCACCUGUUAACUUGUAUAUUUUUAGGCUGUGUAAGGAGGAGGCUUGAAUCACCCAUGUAAAGAAAUAAUCAUCUCCUCAGGAUGAAUCAAGCAGCAACACCAACCACUACAUCACUGUGGCACCCCUGCAAACAGUCACUGUUAUUACUGAUAAUUUAAAGUGACCAUCAGUGCUGCAACAAGCUGCAACCUUGCACACACUUUCAAAGAGUGCUGAGUAACUGCACAUCUGAGGCCUACUUGUUGACUAGCCCUGAUUACAGCCAGUGUGGGUAGUCUCCUUAUGCCUGCAGUCAUGUGCAUAGUGUGUCAUGUGGCUAAUUUAAGGCUAGGUGUUGGACUGAAGGUGAUUCAUCACGGUCUAAUCCCAAGCUAGUAUGGCCUGCAGUCCAAAUCCCUCCUUCUGCUGAGCGUGUGAAAGGACUUGAACAACCUGUGGGGCCUUGACCAUCCUGCUUUUACCCCGGAAAGACCAGAUAACAAAGAAAUAAACAGUGUAAACAAUACACCCAUCAUUUGACCUCAUAUAUCUGUGUGUUCAGUUUCAAAAUAUUGAACUGCUCCUGUCUUCUGUCCAACAUAAUUACUCCCUUGGCUGUCAUUGCUGCUGGCUGCCUCUUGCAAUGCAUCACAUCAUUGUUUUGCAAGACGUGUAUCUUUUCGUGGAAGGCAUCAAUAUGUAACCAAGAAGUAUAGAGCCAUAUGAGACAACGGUUAGAACAGGUUUGGACCUGUUCUGUUCUGGAACUGGUUUGGAUUAACGAAACGCACCACGUACCUGUAUAAGAUGGCAGCAGUUAAUUGGAGUGAACUAGAUUAAGUGAGUCAUUAUCAGGCAUGCAUGACAGACUGUCUGCAGUAUGUUAGCCUAUCACAGUGAUAUACUGGUUCACUCUGUUUUCAUGUUGCUUAAAAUUAGAGAUGCGCUGAUACAUAUUACAGAUCCAAUCCGAUAUGCCCAGUGAGUGAAGGCAUAAGGCUUGACAUUAGCCUUGUUCAAAAAAAGUAACAAAUUAGCACAGAUAUAAAUUUACUUAUAUCAUUUAUUAACGUCAUUUUAAAUAACAAAUUGCACACUAGCACACAACAAAAAGAAAUAAGACUUACAUGUAAACUUCUAGUGCAAAAGGAUAGACAGACAUAGAAUAUAGAGCGAACAGAACCGGAUCGUCGUCAUUCAUCAGAUAUCCAAUCCAGUUAAUUUGUCAAUAUCGGAGCUGAUAUCCAAUCCAAAUAUCGGUUUGGUGCAUCCCUACUUAAAAUGAUAAUAAACGCUUUGAAAUAAGAAAAGGCAGCCUGAGAAUAUAAGCAAAUAUCAUCAUUGUAAUCAUGCUGUAACAAGGCCACUGAUGGUGUCAUAUGUUUGAUGUUUAGUGUGAGUAUUAAGUAGCUUCAGUGUGUCAUGCAGAUGCUUUCAGCUUUGCCUCGUGACCAAUGUAACAGCUAGAAUAAAUCAAACCGUAGGGAUCUGACCACUUAAAUUCUAUUAUCAUAAAAACUUUGUGAUAAAUUAGUGAAUUUCCUGUCUAUUUAAGAUGAUGCUUUGUCUCUUUUCUGAAUACCUCUGUGUAUAUACAGUAUACUAUAGGGGGAAAAGAAUCUGUCUGUUCUUCAGCAAGGUUGUGACAUGCUUUUGUUUACAGUAGUCCAGUCCAAAGCUGCAAGCUGAUUGGUCAACGGGCUCGGUCCUGUUGACACGGAAAGGCCUGGCCUAGAAACAAGGAACAAAGACCAAGACAUACACACACACAUACAGCAGCAUGCUCACUCAUGUACACAGAGCAGUCUAUCAGCAGACUACAUUGUCUGCUCUCAGUGCCCUGUCAUGCGUGCUCGGGACAAUUCCUCAUUUCUAAAGCUGCGGUCAGUGCAAACACAACUACAUCCUCUCUAAACUGGAACAUGUUACAUUUUGUGAGUUUAUGAUUUCUGUAUCCAGCUGUGAGGAAAUGUUCAGGGUUUGAUUUUUAUAAGAAUUCAGAGGCUUCUGUCGGCUGCACGCAUCGCUUUCCACCUGACUGACCGUGUGGGUGGUACAAAAUGAUGCUGUUUCAAUUGAUGAAGUAUGGCGUUCAUUCACUGAACCAGCUGUCCUUAAACCCCCUGUGUAGAAUUUUAGACUGGUAGUAUAGUAAUGCCUUUUAAUGAUCUAUAAAUGCAAACAAAACCACCAUCAACAAGAGCGGUAAUCUCAGACUGGAGGACCAACCACAUAAAAUAGUCUUUCUGUACAUUUUCAAUAGCAAAGAUUCACAAUGAGGGAGCGAGAUGAGAUUCUUGGUCAGGAAAUACAAUCCUGGCAUACGUAAAGAAUGAAGUCUUCACAGCAUCUAAAGAAGUCAUACAUGUUCAGGGAUUCAGUUCAUGUAUUUAAUUCUCUUUGACACAAAGAACAUAUUACUUUUGAUCUGUCUACUGAGAUGUCUGGGAGUUUUGUUUUCAAGUGAAAUGUGUCAUGCAUGUAGAGUUUAAAUCUCACUCUAAUUGUUAACACCCUUCUUUCUCUCUCUCUCUCUGUGUGUUCACAGUAAUUCAGCAUGGAUGAUAUAGUCAUAGCAGGGAUAUCAGGCCGUUUGCCUGAGUCAAACAACCUGGAGGAAUUCUGGGAAAACCUUAUCAAUGGUGUUGAUAUGGUGACAGAGGACAACAGGCGGUGGACACCAGGUGAGACCCCUCAUUGAGCUGAAUGUGACUGACUGAUAAAUACACAUUUGUAAAUAACAGAGAGUGACAGCUUUCAAGGAUAGAUUGACGAGGUAGGUGUUAUUGAUACCUUUGCUCUCUGGAACAGCCCUAAACUUUCACGUAGAUUUAAAGGUAAAUGGACUAGAUUUUCAUGCAGGGAGUUAAAGGUCGUUGUCCUGCAAAACCAUUUUAUAUAUUCAAAGAAAUGCAUUCAACGUGAUUGCUGGAUCCCAUUCACAUGGUGUGUUUUCAAUUCAAAAUCAGUGACUCACUUCUGCUAAGUAGUUUACUUCAGGAUCUCUAGUUCAUGCUUGAAUUCCUAACAUUUUCUGCAUAAUUUCAGGAAAUCCUUGUUAUUCUUAAGGACUUGCUUUGCACCUCAUCUUAAAAGGGCUGUGAGGACUCUAUCCAGGAUGAAGUGCUCUCUAAUUAAAACCAUAAAAGUUAAAGAAGUCCUGAUGGUAUCUUAUCACUCUCGCUGAUAAGAUAAAAUCAGACUUAUAACAACAAAACAAGUUGCUAACAUUAUCUGUCUGUGUUGAUCAACUGCAGAUACAAUCAUCAAUGUAAUAUAUGCAGCACCAAAAGCAGAGAGUAGCUUCAGUUUUCAGCCGGAAUGCUGUGAAGACAGAGUAGACCUCCAAACAAAGGAUGAAUGAUGAUCUUCAGGUCAGAGUUUCAUGUGUAACAGGUGCUUCAGACCCUCAGCUACAUUCAUAGGAAUCAUUUGAAACCAUGAUGUUACAUUGAUAAAGCCACAGAAUGAAGUCAGACUGUAAACGUGGCAUAAAUCGCAUGUGUUACAUCACAAAGCUUCUGCAUUAAGUUUGAAAGAUAGACAUGAUCAGACCCCAAACCCUUACCCAUCAACUUCCCUUACAGUCCCCUUGUUUUGUUUUUAACUUAUUUGCUUCAGCUAAAGUCAACACUUUACAUUUCAUGUGAUCACUCAUAUAGGAAGAAAAAGAUCACAGUGUCUGAAGACAUGGAUUGUGUUUUUAAACUUGAUCCUAGUACCCCCAAAAGUUUGUUUGAAGCUAGUUUUACAGUAAGGGAUAAAAUCAGGUUUUUAACACUGAUUAAAUGAAAUCAAUAAUUUAUAAUGUCUAACUAUUGUCAAAUUUUAUGGUUAUUUCUGUUUAUUUUUCACAAAGUGAAAGUAUUGGUGAAAGCAAGCAAUCUAUCUGCUGUACCCUCCUUUGUGUCAUUCUCUUCCUCUGGGUCUCUUUGACAGACAGAGUGUGUGUGCAUGUGGGGGGUGAUCUGGUAGGAAAGUGACGUGAGCACACACCCUCUGGAGAUAGAGAGGUUAGAAAAAUGACAUUCACACUGAGAUAUGUUUGAGUUUAGAAUAAAAAAAGAUCUACAAACACACUCUGUGCUGGGACAGCAGGAGAAAUUUAGAGCUAAUAUUUGUCACAAUAGAAUAUGUGUGACUGUGCUUUUGGCCAAAUGUUGGGAAACGCUCUGAAGCAAUCCUCCAAGAAUGUGCUCUUUUAUUUAUUCAGUUAGUCUGUGUAGCACCUUAUCAUGUGUGCGUGGAGUUGGACUAGGUCCAGUUUUUUUCUGGAUUACCCACAUCUGGAUAGACUCUAUCCAUUUGUUUUAGGUGAGGUGAAACUGAGUUUAUAGCCUUCAAGUUUUAAAUGUGGGUGCUUUUUCUUUUGAGCAGGUUGAUUUCAGAGGGCUAAUGUAUGUGCCACUUGUCCAGGAUUACUGUAUGUCACUCUCAUGAAAACAAACAGCCACUGUUCGACCACAUCUUGGCGGAGCUUUUUUCUCCUGUACCUACGCAGGUGCAAAUGUACACUGACGCUCACGUGCACAUUCAGGAAUGGUGUUCAUCAUAUCACAGAUGGUGGCUUGGGCUCAGCCGUAGUCGGUCACCUCCUAAUCAGAAGGUCGGGGGUUCAAUCCCAGAUUCUGCUGUCUACAUGCUGAAGUGUCCUUGAUCAAGACGCUUUACCCUGCCGGCUGCACCCAAAGAGCAAUGUGAUCAGAACUAGUCAAAAACUGAUGGGCAGCCUCUACCAUCAGUGUGUGAAUGUGGUGUGAAUGGGUGGAUGUGACGUGUGAAAAGUGGUCAGAAGACUCGAGAAAGAGCUGUAUAAACAUAGAGUAAAUAUAGUCUGUUUAUACUAUGACGUUCACUGCCCUGCUGUAACUUUUCUGGCUGCGGUCGAUGAACAGAUUAAAAGAACAGUUAUUUGGCUUCAUAUUUUUCUCUUGCUUCCUCUUUCAGUUUCUGUUAACAUGCCAUGAUCUCAAAGAACUCUAUUGUAGUGAAUACGUGUGUUGCGCAAUAAGUGUUGCGGCAGGUAAAAGAUUGGGUUAGCUGGUGAAUUUCUUUUCACCUGCUAACUUGGCGGUCAAAAAGUUAACUUUGGACCCUAACUCAUCUAUAUGAUAACAUGAAACUUAGGAGCCAUGCAUGAUUAGAUAUGUGGCUGAUUUGACUGGGAUGUUGAAGAUGUUUGCAGUUAGCAUGACGGUCAUCAUGAGCUAUGUGCCAGUCAGUAAAUAGCCAAGAAUGAACUUGGUUGUAGUCAGGAUUCCCAGUAUGGCUCCACCACCUUCGCUUGAGGCCUUGUGCCUGUUUUAUGCAGUUCCUACCCCUCACCCAUUUUCAGAUUCACGAAAUGUGAUUAUUUUGGCUCCAAAACAGUAGAUGACAACGAAAUCUAAAUUCAAUGCAUUAAAGCAGUAAUCCAGAAGACAAUGAGUGAUCUCACAUCUGAUUCCCAAUAUUUUAUGGUCAGAAAGAAAAUUAAAAAAGAGAACUUGAGUACUUGUUUCCAUUUUAGCUCGUUCCACUCAUCCUGACCAUUCCACAGGUGGAGCGAGACAUAUUAGAGAAGAGCUGCGUCUCCAAACUUUCCUUUCUCUUUUCUUCCAUUAGACCCCUUUUCUAACUCUUACUCUCCCACAACUACUCUUUUCCUUCUUUGUCUCCUCAGUCACACCCUGUCCAAACCCUCUCUCUGGUCUUCAGUUUUGUCCUCUCUGUGCAUAAAAGACCCCUCCCUCAGUCCCUGGCAUCUCACACUCACACUCCAAACCCGCUGAUGGGUCACACUGGGCAGGCUUACACUGCACAGACAGCACAGCAGGCAGCGUGAGAAUAGAAAGGGAAACAAUGAGAGUGAUAAGGGGUUCACGACCUGAGUGAGAGAGCAGAAACAUCAUCUUAAUGAGAAAUAAUGUCCAUACUGCAUUGAGCAGCUACAGUGAGCUAGGUCACACAGAACAGAGUAGAUGUCAUGUCUUUUGUACUGGAACUUUCUGCGUUCAACGAGUACCAAACUAAAAGGUUUUGACCUACAAAGUUGUAAAGCUUUGUAAAAUGUUUAUAGCUUGCAAAUCAUUAAAGAAAACAAACAAAAUGUUGAAACUGACAAUUUUUUAAUUUUUUAAUUUUCAGUUUGAUCCUAGAAGCAUAUUUUUGAAACAGCUGGGUUAGGGCAUGUCUAUCAUGUUGUUUCAGCUCCUCUUUUAACAGCUCUCUGUAAAUGUGUAAAAGUAUAGAAGAGUUUCUGUAGCAAAUUUAUAAGGUUUAUAUGUUUCCUCCUCAGUUUUAACCAAAGAUUGUAUAAUAUCUGGAUGUGGAGUCAGUGACGUCACCCGUUUGUUCCUAAAGUGGAGUUUUGAAGUCUAUCGGCAGCAGUCAACAUAUUGGAAAAAACUGACUUAACCAACCAGAGGCGACCGUUAAGCCUCCUUGCAAAAGGCAAAAGUGUGCCUGCCAAUCAGUCAAGUCAGCAGGGCCCCUAAAUUUUGCUCUAAGGAGGGUUUUUUUUUGGGCUUAAGGUCCAAGUAGUUUUAGUGCUUUUGCAGCCAGCCUGAAGUGGACACUUGGGGUACUGCAGUUUUUAGCACCAGCUUUGUUUCUCAAGUCAAGAGGUUACCGCUUAGUUUUCAUCUACUUUUGUGGAUUUAAUGAAUGAAUUUUGUAAUAACAAACACACAAUGAAUUUUGGAAGUGUUUUUCAAUCCAUGCAGUAAUUUCCACUACAGAGUCGGGCCUGUUUUAUUGCUGCCUGAAGGCCAAAGUAUUAUGACCAUAUAAUAUUGUUUAUACAAUCUCAUCCUUUUUGUGGAGAGAUUUCUCCAGAUUUUCAGGAUGAAAUUAAGACUUUAAGCAUUAUUCUAAAACUGUUGAACUAUUUGCUCACACAGUCUCUCAUAGACUGAAUAAACCUAUCUAGUCAUGUAACUGAUCUGUUGAAAUUUAACUAAAUGACCGUUUAACAUUAGCUGAAAGGUAUUAAUCUUAUUUUUUUGCGUGUGUGUCACAACUUUUUCAGUGUUUUGUUGUCCCUGUUCCAACUUUUUUUGCCGCAAGCAAGGCUGAAAUUAGCAUAUACAGUAUUUUUUGGCAGUUGUAUCUUCAGUAUGGUACAGUAUAUAUGCUAAUUAAAUAGCAUGCAGUCCUUUGUUGAUAUUUGACAUUGUAUUGAAGAGCAUAUUUUGGAUGUGAACUUUCUGAGGGUGACAUAAGAGAAUGAGAGACGAGAUGAGGUCAUAUCUUUAUUCUGUUUCACUCUGUAGUUAGUUUAACACAAUAUGAGGACAGGGAGCAGGAGGAUACUGUCUCCCUUGCUCCCUCAAACAUCAAAAAAGCUAACUCUACCUGCACUAAGUGACUUCAUCUAAUCAGUGAGGUCGCCAGGUUUAAGUUUGGUUAUGCAUGUUGAGACUUGUAACAUAGAAAAUUGUGGUUCUGAACCUUUUCUCCUCUCCAGGUCUGUACGGUCUUCCAAAGAGGAACGGAAAACUGAAAGACAUCACCAAAUUCGAUGCCACCUUCUUUGGAGUCCAUCCUAAACAGGCCAACACCAUGGACCCCCAACUCCGCGUCAUGCUGGAGGUCGCCUAUGAAGCUAUCGUGGAUGGAGGUGAGAAGUGCAUCAGAUUGAGAUGAAAAAAUCAAGAAGAAUAGAAGUGGUACAGCCAGAUUCAUAAUGGGGGGUGGAAUAGAUAUACUAUUUUGUUGACCUUUCUGACUCUUUUAGUUGCAGUAAUGUCUGUUGAUGUGUGUGAGACUUGGUUGAGAAUAUUACAUUUUGUGUUGCAGGACUAAACCCAGCUGACUUGCGGGGCAGUAAGACAGGAGUCUACGUGGGGGCGAGCGGCUCUGAGGCCAGCGAAGCAUUCAGCAGAGAUCCAGAGGAGCUGCUCGGCUACAGCAUGACCGGCUGCCAGCGCGCCAUGUUGGCCAACAGACUCUCCUACUUCUUUGACUUCAGCGGUACAAGCACACUCAGCUCCUCUACAUGUGACAGCAUUGUCGAGAUUUGAAAAUACAAAAUGACAUUUGAAGAUUGUGUUGUACAUUUUAACUUUUGUGAAGUUUGAAUGCAAAAUUAUUCUACAUUUUUCUUUUUGCAUAGCUAAAGAUUUCACUUGCUUUCAAACAGCCGAGUGCUGCAGGAAUAUUCUCACUGUUAGUUGUGAGUGAAUGUAAUAUCUGAGGAGAAAGCAGUAUAUCCCUGGGUUUACUUUCAGCAGAUGUGGUUUUUGACUCUAACCCAGCUUCCUCUCCUCUUCUCCCGCAGGCCCCAGCACAGCCAUUGACACAGCCUGCUCCUCCAGCUUGCUGGCUUUAGAAAAUGCCUUCCACGCCAUUCAGCAGGGCUUGUGUGAUGCUGCUCUGGUGGGUGGAGUCAACCUGCUGCUUAAGCCAAACACCUCUGUGCAGUUCAUGAGACUGGGCAUGCUCAGUCCUGAGGGGACCUGCAAGUCCUUUGAUGCAUCAGGUAAAAUAAAUACCUCACUUAACUAAAUAUCAUUUUAUUUCAAGUAUUCUGAUCAUCAUCAAUAUACAAUAUGACUUAUUUGCACACUUAUUUCUUAAAAUAAAUCUCACUUCUUGCAUUUGUGCUGUAUGAAGCUCACAUGUGCGUCCUUCUGUCGGUCAGGAAAUGGAUACUGUCGCUCUGAAGCAGCUGUGGUCGCGCUGCUUACGAAACGGUCAGCGGCUAAAAGAGUCUAUGCAACUGUCGUCAAUGCUGGAAACAACACAGACGGAUACAAAGAGCAAGGUGAGGAGGGACACCGGGUCAUGAAUGUAACACGUAGCCACUGCAGCUGGUGAAUCCUAAUUAUAGUCAAGUAGGACUAGGUGAAAAGUGAAGACCAGUGAGGGGGAAUGUGGUUUCUGCAUGCUUGACAAUUUAAGACAUGAACAAAAGUAACAAAAGUACAAGUUAAAGCUUAUCAAAAGUUCAUUAUAUUAGCUCUUUAUGCAGAAAAUUGUAACAUGUAGGACAGUUUAACACGUAAACGAAAUAUAUGGCAAUUAAUGAAUUCAUGUGAUUUGGUGACUCCCGAUAAAGCACACACCUCUAACAUUCCUCUUUUUGUCCCUCAGGUGUCACUUUCCCCUCGGGUGAGAUGCAGCAGAGGUUGGUCCGUUCUCUCUAUGAGGAGUCAAACAUAUUACCUGAGCAGGUGGAGUACGUUGAAGCCCACGGUACAGGGACAAAGGUUAGUAAGCACAACAACAGGAAUUUACUACAAAUCUCUGCUGUUCUCAACAUGAUGAAGGAACAGUCCUCGGUCAGGUGUGUCUUUCAUACCUGUAAGGUGUCGCUCUUCUCUACACUCGCAGGUGGGAGACCCACAGGAAGUGAACGGCAUCGUCAGUGUGUUCUGUAACUCAGAGAGAGAACCUCUGCUCAUUGGCUCUACCAAGUCAAACAUGGGUCACCCAGAACCGGCAUCUGGUCUGGCUGCUCUGGCUAAGGUGAGAUUGAUAGUACUCCUGUUAAGAAUUUAAGAGCAAGAAAGUCUCAGACAGAGUUAGGUGUGUCAUUUAUUAUCAUCGUCUUCUCCGCAGCGUUUGUAAUUUUCUGAAAUCAGUCUGUGUCAGAUUCAUGAACCUUCUCUUAAACUGCAGAGAUACUUUAUUUACAUGUUUAUAUUUCUGCCAGGCCAAUAAAUUGAAUCCUGGUUCUGUUUUUUAAAAGAUUCUUACUGAAGUGCAAAGUUAAUGUCCAGAAACUCACAUUUUGCUGGUUAGAAAAAACACAGCAUGACUGAAAUAAAAGUUCACAACAUUCAAAUCGGUGUUUAGAUAAAAACUGUUUUGAAAAUGUUUUAGAUUGCUGUUUUGGUUUUUCAGCUUAUCACGUUUUUUUAAUUUACUUGUUGUUUCAUCCUUCUUGCAGGUGUGUCUUUCUUUAGAGCGAGGAGUCUGGGCGCCCAACAUCCACUUCAACAGUCCCAACCUCGACAUCCCAGCCCUCAGUGACGGUCGGGUUCAAGUGGUCGAUCGGCCUAUCCCCAUUCGAGGCGGCAUCGUUGGCAUCAACUCAUUCGGAUUUGGAGGCUCAAACGUUCACGUGAUCCUCCGUCCGGCUGAGAAACAGGCUGAUACGACCGUACCUCCUAGGACGAUUCCUAGGUUGCUUCAGGCGUGUGGACGCACAGAAGCCGCGGUGAACGCCCUGCUCCAGAAAGGGAAAGAACAAGCUGCAGAUGAAAACUUCCUGUCCCUGCUGAACGAGGUGUCAUGGGGGCCUACAAGCAACAUGCCGUACAGAGGGUACACUCUGAUCGAUUCUGAGAGCGACAUCACUGAGGUGCAGCAGGGGCAGGCAGCUGCCAGGCCGCUCUGGUACAUCUGUUCAGGUGAGUCAUAAAACACAAAUUCCAGCUGCUCAGAUCAUUUCCUAAAGCUCUCUGUAAGAUCAGAUAAGAAGAACUUUAUUUGUAUUUCUAACCGUAGACUGGUGGCAUCACAUAUUGCUCAGUUUGGAUAAGAUCUGAGACUUGUCAUUUUUUGUGGACUGGCUAGAAAAAUUUAAAAAUAUUUGAAGUGUAACUUUCUCGCUCAUUAGCCGCAACUUAGCUGUUUAUUGUGACAUGUAAAAUGCACAUUAAUGAAUGUAUUUUAAACUUAGUUUUCAUCAUUGAUACAGUUCCAAUGAUACUGAUAAUACAAGCAAAACCUGAACCUCCUUUUUAGAGAGAAAGCACAUACUGUCCAUGCACGACUAAGAAGUGUGCACAUUUGGAGCUACAUCUCCAUCUUUCCUGAGGUUGCUUCAGUUUUUGUCAUUUCAGUUUCAAACACUAGCUUAAAAUUGUUCGCUUGUAUUGUCUUGUGGACAGACCUGAAAAAGCAUGAGCUCAGAGCUUUUACAAAUCUCCAUUCAGAUUUUGUUGAUGUAGUAUCCUUUUUAGUCUGUUUUGCAGCAAUGAAAUCAUGGCAUUUUUUUUUAUAUAGCUGUCGUGUGACAGAUUAUACUCAAUGAUUUACUUGCAGACUCAACAGAGACAGAGGGGUAAAUGGGGUACUGUCAGGUUAAGAAGCUGGUAUGAGUAGGGGGAGUUUAUCCUGCCAAAGAGAAGACUUUGCUUUUCUGACGUUACUGAGAGGGUCCAUCAUUUACUGACUAUGCAGGCUACACAGGCUCAAUACUCAUUUGAUGCUCAUCUUUCAGAUUCAAAGUUUCUGUACAUUCUUGAAAAGGUAAUUUUUCAGUAUUGUGCAACUUGAAACUCAUUGUAUUGGGAGAGCUAUCUCAAAACCUGAGCAUGUAAACUGUAAAUGAUCUGGACGGAAAGAUACUGAAUGCAGAAACAUAAUCCCUCAGCUGAUCCCAUCCCUACAGUUUUUAUUAUGAAACACUAAUUUUAUUUGUUUGUGGAUAUUUUACAAUGUUUACUUGUCAAGAUAUUUGAUAAUAUCAUAAUGAAAAUUGCUGUUGAUGGUGUCUGAAGAAGAAAAUUGAAAACUUGUUGAGUUGGACUCCUCAGAUCUACUCAAAAAAUUAGUAUCUAGGGUAUCUUAUAUUUACUGGAUUCAGGUGAUUGAGUGUUUUUGGUCUCACAGGUAUGGGGACACAGUGGGCAGGUAUGGGCCGCAGUCUCAUGCAGCUCGCAGACUUCCGAGAGUCCAUCCUUCGGUCAGACAAAGCGCUGAAGGACACGGGCCUGGUGGUGUCUCGCCUGCUCAUGGAUGCAGAUGAGAGCACUUUUGAAGACACCGUUCAUGCCUUUGUCGGCCUCGCUGCCAUACAGGUAGAGUGAGGAUGAUGUGUUUUAUGAUAUUUUGCUGCACUGACACUUUUGAACUCUUAAACUGUCCCACUGUCCCAUGCUUCACAUUUUUUUGUUUUGUCUGUGCUCAGUUUUUUAACUUAUUAGUCAUCAUCCUGUGUGUGUUUCUCACCUGGUUACAGAUAGCUGAGAUCGACCUGCUCACUAAGCUGGGUCUGCGUCCCGACGGUAUCAUCGGACACUCUGUGGGAGAGCUGGCUUGCGGUUACGCUGACAGCUCCCUCAGCCACAGUGAGGCCAUCCUGGCCGCCUACUGGAGAGGACGCUGCAUCAAGGAGGCCAACCUUCCUCCAGGAGGCAUGGCUGCAGUCGGUAAGAGACGCCAUAUUCUCGACCAUCUCCCAAAAGCAUCUCUUAUUUUCAUGUGUUCAUUUGUUGUUCAUCCUUUCACUGUGUGCUUUCUGUGUGUGUGUUCCAGGGUUGACCUGGCAGGAGUGUUUGGAUCAGUGUCCUCAGGGGAUCGUCCCCGCCUGUCACAACGCCGAGGAUACCGUCACUAUCUCCGGUCCUCAGGUAAAAACUUCCUUCUCAGACUUCGCUUUAAACUCUAAUCCAGCCUCAGCAUAUAAUUUUCCAUUUGCUGAGUCGUUACAGAUGUAAUUUGUUCAUCUAGCGUGGUUAUCUGUAGCCUGUAGCCUUGUUUGUAGUGUGCAGAAGAUUCAUGAACUAGUUUGAAGUGUUUUUAUCGAGUACCACAAGUAAAGAAAACAAAAGACUGGAAAAACUUUGAUUUUAAAUUUACAACAAAGUAUGAGAUUUAUGUGAAUCAUUUUCAACCAUCCCUAAUCUGCGAAUCCAAAAAGAUAGUUUUAUCAGGAUAUUCUGUUGUCAUUCAGCUUAAACGGUUGUGUUGUGUUUGUUUUUCUCCAGGAUGCGAUCAGUAAAUAUGUGGCAGAGCUGAAAGAGCAGGGGAUUUUUGCAAAGGAGGUACGCAGCGCUGGCGUUGCUUUCCACUCCUACUACAUGGCCUCCAUCGCUCCUGCCCUGCUGGCUGCUCUGAAGAAGGUUUGUUGAUCUAACACUUUGAUAUUUAGCUUUGAAUCCUACUGUUACCUUAACAGUUGCUGAAUAACACAUUUGAAAUUAAAUUAUUGACAACAUUGAUGUAUAACUUUAUCCGAAAAUAGUUGCUGAGGAAGUUAACCUUUGUUUUUAUACAUCUUUUACAUAAGGGCACAGAUAAAGAGAAAAAAAGAGUCUGUUUUCAGUUUUUUUUUUCAACAAUGAGUCAUGAAGGGCUGAUACUCUGACUAUACCGUUGCUUAACUUGCAGUAGUAGUAGGAGGCUGAAAAUGUAGGCUGACUUUUCAGCCAUGAACACCUUUAAUAGAAAGUAGCAGGACACUGUCAUCACUCUCUCUCCCUCCAUCUACCCUUUAUCUCCAACUUCAUUUUCAUAAGCCUGUAAAAUAAUUCAAAAAUAGACGUAUAGCUGGAUCAUGUGUAUGAAAUGCAAAGUGGAGGAUUGAGGGUCAAAUAUAAGAACUUAACUUUAGACUGGAGUCUCAGAGUGAGUGCAAAAAUAGUCUCCAACCUGCAAGUUUUACUUUAACUUGUGUUUUAGGCAGUUGUGUAGCAAAUACACGUCAACAGGUUUUACUCAUUAGAUCCUGACUGACAAACAUUUUCAAGACUGAUAAAUAUUUUGUAAAGGAGAAGUUCACUGAUGAUUUGUUGGAUACUACAGUGGAUUUUAUAAACUGGAAUGAAAACAGAACUUUGCUGUGUAGAAUGUUUACUAUCUCUGCACUAAAAUAGGAAUGUAAAGCUAUUCAGAAAUCUGCUUUCUUUUACUGUUGCAGAAUAUUUCACAUUUAUGCAAAAUCUAGUAAUGCUAAGACAGACAACAGAUUCUUUAGCUGUGAAAGUGCAACGUGUUUUGCAGACUGAGACGAUUGUUGUCUGCAGAGUCAGAAGCAUUCACCUUGACUAAUCAUAUAAAAACACAAUCCUUAGUUACUUCAACAGCUGUUUUUCUUAAAUUUUAGUUUCACAUCAGAAUAUCUGGGAUAGACUUACUCUAUUUGAUAGAAAUCGCCCAACUCUCUUAUUUUAGGUUUGAUGUAAAUGGUUAUCAAAGUUUUGGGCUGUUUGGUGGGUAUUAAUUUGUCAUCAUCUUGUGUGCAGGUGAUAAAAGAACCACGGCAGCGUUCGCCUCGCUGGGUGAGCACCAGCAUCCCUCAGGCUGAUUGGAACUCUCCUCUGGCUCUGACCAGCUCGGCUGAUUAUCACGUCAACAACUUGGUCAGCCCCGUGCUGUUCCAGGAGGGUCUCCGUAUGGUUCCCGACAACGCAGUGGUGGUGGAGAUAGCACCUCACGCUCUGCUGCAGGUAUACUCAGCAUGAUGUUGAUAUGAUGAGGAAGAAAGGUGUCAUGAAAGUUCAUCGAAUGAAUCUGCUGGUUUCCUCUGACUCAGAAAGGUCCUGAAGUGCCGAUUUUGCCAAGUCUUUGUGCUCUUUGUUUUGGUGCUAAAACAAAGAGGCUUUCUGCUGCAAAACAAAGCACUUAAAGAUGUCUGAAAGCAGCACCAAUGCCUAGUUCCUUGCCUGGUUCUCCACCUGGUUUCUUUGUAAAGGGGCCAAGUUGACUUCUACCCCCCUGUGGAUAAAACACUUACUAUUGACAACUUUACAAAAUCCCCACUCCAGUUACCCAAACUAUUUCUUUUAAAACUUCUGUCAUACAACUUUCUUAAACCAUUUUAUUUUCGGUUUUGUUUCCUCUGUUAUCUUUUUGAAUGUUGUUUCUGUCGUGAAAGAGUUAAGCAGCUCAGUGAAAUUGUUUUGGACCAGCAGUGAUAAAAUGUCUGAUCAGUCGAACCUGUUCCCUCCUCAGGCCAUCCUGAAGAGAAGCCUGAAGCAAACUUGCUCCAUCCUCCCUCUCAUGAAGAGAGGCCACACCAACAACCUCGAGUUCUUCCUCACAAACAUCGGAAAAGUCUACAUGAACGGGUAUUAUUCAGCUUUCUGCUCCUCCUCUUUGAGACCUCUGUGAAGCAGUUCAAGGUUGCUUAUAUGUGUAUUUUUCUUUAAUUUUCCUUUUCAGCAUUAAUGUGGCUGCUAAUGGCCUCUGGCCCGCAGUGGAGUACCCUGUGCCUGUUGGUACUCCUCUGAUCUCCCCUUUGGUUCAGUGGGAUCAUGCCCAGACCUGGGACGUCCCACUGCCAGAGCACUUUGUAGCUGGUUCAGGAGCAUCCAAUUCUGCCACUGUCUUCAAGAUCGGUAAGAAAUAAAGCAGUAAUAGAGAAGCAGGUGUGCAUCUGUCCACAUGUGUUAUAUUCAACAAACAGCAUUUUACUGUCUUUUUCCAACACUAAAGAUGGAUCCAUAUAGCUGGAUUGGAAAAUUCCUGCUGAUAUAGACAUUGUACUUAUAAUAGUGUGCAUGCCUAAAAGUUUUUGAUCUAACUUGACCAAGAUACUCUCCUGUCUAACCCACAGACAUAAACCCAGAGUCUGCAGAUUACUACAUGAUCGGUCACUGCAUUGAUGGGCGUGUCCUCUACCCUGCGACGGGUUACUUGGUGCUGGCCUGGCGCACCUUGGUGAGAAAUCUGGGGAUCGUCAUGGAAACCACCCCUAUAACCUUUGAAGAUGUCACCAUCCACAGAGCCACAAUUCUUCCAAAGAGCGGUGAGAGCAGAUCAGAUCCAGAUCUUCGAUUAUCCUCCUUUAUAAGAAGUCUUAUGUUUAUUGAUUGACUAAAUUUGUCCUCCUCCUUGCCUUCUUUUUCUCCUGUGUCCUCCCCUCAGGCUCUGUCCAGCUGGAGGUGCGGCUCAUGCCUUCCACCAACAAGUUUGAGGUCUCAGAGAAUGGAAACCUAACCGUCAGUGGUAGGGAGAUUUUGCAUUUUAACAAUAAACAACACCCUGAUUAUAAGAGUCUGAAUGACAGCUUAUAUUAGCAGAUUAGAUACCUUCUCUCCUUAGCUUUCUCCUCAAGCAUGUUGCAUCAGCUAACUUCAACAGUUAGCAAGUUUUUAUUGUAUAGAACAGUGUUUCCCUGCUCCAACACACCUGAUUCAAAUGAUCAGCUCGUUAUCAAGCUCUGUAAUGGCUUACUAACGAGCUGAUCAUUUGAAUCAGGUGUGUUGGAGCAGGGAAACAUCCAAAACAUGCAGGACAGUGGGCCUCGAGGACUGGACUUGAGAACCACUGGUAUAGAGUGAGAGGGAAGUUGACCUUAUACAAAGCCAAUCAACUUGCACCAUCUACUGGCGAGGGUAUAUGACGCAUCAAAUGCAGCCUAACUGGAGGAGGGGAUAAGGCAAUUCAUACCCUGCUUUUAACACAGGCAAGGAUCCAGUCCUCUGAAGCAGAUCAUCACCUGUUAUUUGGAAGUAUGAGGAGAGCAGUGCUAGCUCAGUCCAUAGGGACUUGUAUUAGGAACAAAUCCCAGUUUGGGAAUUGGACUGUUAGCUGAGGAGGUGCCAACUCACUUCCAGGGCUCUGCUGAGCUGGCCUUCAGCAAGGCACCCAACCUGAAACUGCUCAAGGCGCUAAUCAGUGUGCAACCUCCCUGACUCAAACACCAUAUUUGUUGAGCUCAUGUCCACAGGAUUCAGUUUGUGCAUGUAAAACAGUGAACACUGCUUCAUUUGUUUUCAUCUGAUAAAAAGAAAUCCUUAUUUUUUUAAAUCACUGACUGAUUGUCCUGACAUCCUGACAUCUCUUAAACAGAUUCUUCUCUUUCUUUGUCCUGCGUUUGUUUUCAGGUAAGGUGAGUCUCCUGCAGGAUGCGGCUCUUGAUUCUUUCCACUCUCAGAUAAAACAACAAGCUGCCAGCAAAGACAGUGACCCCAAACUGAAGCUCACAGCUCCUGAUAUCUACAAAGAGCUGCGCCUGAGGGGCUACGACUACGGGAAGACUUUCCAGGGCAUCUUAGAGUCUAACAAUGCAGGUAACACUGACAUAUGUUUGUGUGUGUGAUUUAUUUCAGCAGUUGUGUCAAAACAUUAUGAAAACAAAGAUUUACCACCCCACUAUACCCACAGAAGUACCACUCAUUGGUUGUGGUGUCUGUUUAUUGGUUUCCAGGAGACAGCGGGAAGCUGCAGUGGACGGGAAACUGGGUGACCUUUUUGGACACGAUGCUGCAGAUGAUUGUUGUCGGGCUGUCAGGUCGUAGUCUACGUCUGCCCACCAGGAUCCGCUCAGUGUGCAUCGAUCCAGCUGUUCAUCAGGAGAAGGUCGGCGAGUAUGCUGAAGGAAAACAAGGUGAGUGCGUCUUAUUUGAAUUUUCUUUUAACCGUGAUCAACUCUGUAACAGAUGUUUGCGUUCAGUCCAACUCUCGUGUAAAUUUUCAUUCUUAUCCCCUGAAGCCGUGGAUGUCCAUGUAAACCGUUGCCUUGACAACAUCACUGCUGGUGGAGUUCAGAUCUGUGGUCUCCACGCCACUGUGGCUCCCCGCCGGCAGCAGCAGCAGAGCCCCCCGACCCUUGAGGAGUUUGUGUUUGUUCCGUACGUGGAGACAGAGUGCCUGACAGCCAAUGGGAAGCUGGCAGAGCAGCUGAGGAUCUGCAAAGGUAAACAUGAUCCUCUGUUAACCCCCAAAAUAAAUCCCAAACCAAACAUCCCACAAUGCUUUCAUUUCUGCUUCUUUAAAACAAAUCAAACUCAUAAACCUGUUUUCUUUUUUGCAUAUGCUUAUCCAUCCAGGUUUAAUCCACAGACUGCAGCAGAAGCUGGCCAAUCACGGUGUCAAGCUGUCCAUACCUGGGCUACAAGGUGUGUCAGACGGCCCCCUCCCCAGCCUUGAACCAUCCGAGCCCGGCCUUGUCCGUCUGCUGUCGCUGCUCUGCGGCCUGGAGCUGAACGGAAACCUUCAGUCUGAGCUGGAACAGACAGUGGAGAAGGAGAGAGCGUGUCUGCUGCAGGACAGCCUGCUGCUAGGCCUGCUGGACCACCCAGGACUCAGACACUGUCUGGACACCGCCAUGGAGAACAGCACACCUGGGAAGAUUAAAGUCCUGGAGGUCAGACUGUAACAGAAAAACACGCAGAUGAUUCAGAAAGGUUCAGGUCUCUGCUUCAAUCUCACAUCUUCUUCUCCUGACUUUUCCAGGCUCUCUCAGACGAUGGUCAGCUCUUCUCCCGUGUCGUCCCCCUCCUCAACAUUCAGCCCAUGCUGCGUGUGGAUUACACCGCCACAACCACCAACCUGGAACUUCUGGCACCCCACCAGUCCUCCCUGGAGGAGCUGACAGUGGCUUCAGCUCAGUGGGACCCCCUCACAGGUCCAGCGCCAGGAGGGGCAGUUGGAGGGGCAGACCUGGUGCUGUGUAACCACGCCUGGGGCUCCUUGAAGACAGACCCUGGGAUGCUGGUGGCAAACCUGGCAUCUGGAGCCAAACAGGGAGGGUUUGUUCUCCUGCACACCCUCCUGAAGGGGGAGACUCUGGGGGAGACGGUCACGUUUCUUUCCAGCAGCGCUCAGAAUGGCAGCCAAGGAAAACUGCUAACACAGGUCAGUCAGUGUUUUAAUGAUAAACAGAUCAGUCCUUGACUAGACAGAAGCAUCAUCAUGACAGCCUGUUUUGAUGAAUCACAUAAUUUAUUUUCUUUUUAAUAAUUCACUUUGAGCUGUCAAAAGAAUGACUUACUUUACAUGAUUGAUUUUGUGAAGUAUCAGCGUUCACAUGGCAGUAGGGCUGGGUGAUAAACCGAAAAAAUUUACCGAUACCGAAAUUUAUGACAUUAAAUUUAUCGGUAUAUCAGUAUAUUCAGUGUCAAAAAAAUAAAUAAAAGUUGGUUUUGGAUGUGUGUAGGUAGGCUAUGGUCUCAUGUCCCUUUAAGACGCUGACCUAUGUCAGAGACGUGACUCCAUCCCAUCCAGUCCGUAACAAAGAGCGAAAGACAGGUGAGGAGAUGGAGGACGGUUCAAAAGUUGUAGCAGCUGGAGCGGCGGCUUAAGUAGACGAAGUUAAUGUGGGAGGGAGUGAGCGGUUUGUGGAGUAGUUAUUGUUCCACUUAUCAUUAUCGAGGUGAACUGCUCAAUAUAUCGUGAUAUUGAUUUGAGGCCAUAUCACCCAGCCCUACAUAGCAAUGCACCAAAAUGUUCAUCAGUUUGAUAGAAAGCUCUUCAAACAAUAUCAGUCCGCAGUGAUGAUAUUUGUUCUGCAGCACAGUUUGUGGAUCAGGUGAUGUCUUUUUUGGCGCAUUAGCUUAGAUGAUGUGGGUGCAAAAAUUGUGCAAUCCCAUCGUGAAUCAGUUUCAAAUAAAAACCUCCAACACACACUCACUGCACUGAGGAGCUCCUUAAGGGACAGGAUGCUCCACCUGAAGUGUGUGACGGAGAGGUAUCGCAGGUCAUUCCUUCCUGCAGCUGUCAGACUCCACAACAGAAAACCUCAGUGUGCAAAAAAUCAUAUUUAUAUGUAUAUUCCGUACACAUGCAUAUAGUAAAUAAGACUCACGUACAAAUCUUUUUUAAACUCUAAGUUUCUUUAUCCUCUAAUUUCUCUUUUUGUAUCUGUAUUUAUGCUGCAGUAAUUUUGGAAUGGUGUGGGACUAUUAAAGGAAUAUCUUAUUUUAAAAAGUGAAAUAAUUUUAAUUAAAGCCUCUCUGACAAACUUUUUCUUUUUUUGUUGGUCCCACUAUUCCAUGUUGACAAAGUGGUAAUAGUUGAUGUUUUUAGAGAAAGAGUCUUAUCCUGCUGGUCUUUUAAAAGUAAAACGUUAAAAAAAGUUUAAUCUGUUUGGUUCCAGUGUUUUUCUGUUUAAAUUUGGUUGGGUAAAUCAAUACCAUGAGAUGUCAAGAGGUUUCGUGGUGCUGAUAUUUUCUACGUCUCUCUCUUCAGGCCGAGUGGGAGAAAUUGUUUGCAGAAACAUCCCUUCAUGUGGUGGCUGUCAGGAAGUCUUAUUAUGGCUCUGCCCUCUUCCUCUGCCGCACUCAGUCUGUGGAUAAAAAACAGCCUGUCCUCCUACCUGUGGACAGCACUGACUACAAGUGGGUGGAAACACUCAAGGUGGGUCUUUUUUUGUGUGUAAAUGUGUAACUUUAAUAUGUCAAGCAGAUGUUGACUCCCUCACAGUCGGUCAGACUCAGUUUAUGUGUGACAUUAGUUUUAUCUCUGGGUUUCCUGUGGGUGUGUUGAAUUCAGGCGACCAUCGCUGACUCAUCGGACUGUCCAGUUUGGCUGACAGCCUCUCAGGCUCACUGCGGCAUUGUGGGAAUGGUCAACUGUCUGCGUCAGGAGCCAGGGGGCAACAGGAUACGGUAGGACACAUCUACUAUGUAAACAUACCAGACAUUGCGCCAGUGUAAAUGUCUGUUGUUUGUAUUAAAUAAUUUCUUCUUCUAUUGUGUACAGUUGUGCGCUCAGUGAUUUAUCAAUUUAUGUGGUUAAUCUGAUGACUCUUUAUUUCUCUGUUUUAUUUUCUGUCUCGGUUUUCUCUUUCUUUUUAUCCAGCUGUGCGUUUGUUUCCAACCUGAACACAUCUUCUUCAGCACCAACCCUUCAGCUGAACCAUAAGUCCAUGCAGUCAGUGCUGGACGGGGACCUGGUCAUGAAUGUCUUCAGAGACGGACACUGGGGCGUCUUCAGGCACCAGCUCAUAUCUCAAGGUACCAAAACACCUGAAAUCUACCAAAAAUACUGAUUCUAGUCAGAGUGAUGUGGUCCUGGUACUGUUUUCCACCACAGCCAUUACAGAUUGUGUGGUAGAGUAGUUAAAAAUUAGUUAUUCAUGUACUACAUUUUCAUAAAUUGUACUAAAGUUUUGUUUUACAGCAUUCGCACUUCAACAGAACUUUGGUAUAGUUAAUCUUGAUAAAAAUAAUUCAGCUAUCCAGUGUAGCUAUAUGUCGUACCACAAUUUUCAUACUUUUUCUGUCCGGCUGGAUGGGACAUCUUUGUUGGAGUAGUUUUGGUCAACUUUGGUUGCAUACAGAUAAACUGUGUUUGUUUGUUUUGUCUUCUUGUGUGUAUUUUGCUCUAUGUGUGUAUUUUAUUUUUUGUGAUAUGCAUCAUCCUGUGGGUGGGUCUGAAAUAAAGUUGAAUAAUAAUAAUAAUAAUAAAAACUGGAAGCUGUUAAAAAUUAGUGAGUAACUGUGAAUACAAAGACCAGUCAGCCUGAGAGAAGGGUACAUGGAAAGUUGAUAAUUCUCCUCUCUGUAAGUUUUAUGAAAGAUGUUCUUCUUUUUUCUUUGUGUUUUUUUGUAUCUUAGAUCUUAAUGAAGCGUCUACAGAGUACGCCUAUGUCAACGUGCUGACUCGUGGUGAUCUGUCCUCUCUGCGCUGGAUCGCCUCUCCGCUCCGUCACUUUGUAACCAGCAACCCCGAUGUGCAGCUGUGCCGCGUCUACUACAGCUCGCUCAACUUCAGAGACAUCAUGCUGGCCACCGGCAAACUGCCGCCAGAUGCUAUCCCAGGUAGUGACAGUAGAGAAGACACAGAAUAGAAAUUAUCUGUAUUUCCAUAAAUAGUUGAUAAGUAAAUACAGACUGCUAAUGUUAUACUGGAGGACUCAAAGCUUUUUCAAUGUUGAUCUUGUAGGUGACCUAGCUCUGCAGCAGUGCAUGCUGGGUAUGGAGUUUUCAGGCCGUGACCCUGGUGGUCGGCGUGUGAUGGGGCUGCUUCCUGCUAAAGGCCUGGCUACAAGUGUGGAUGCUGACAAACGCUUCCUGUGGGAUGUUCCCUCCAGCUGGUCAGUGUCACUGGUUUCAGAUAGAUUAUGUGUCAGUGAAGAUGGGGGUCACAGGACUCAAUAACAAAGAUAACCAGACUGCAGAAAUCAAAAUAAACAUCAAUGAACCCCAAACUGUGUGAUAAAUGAUAAAACUAAUAAUGCAUUUGUAUUCGUAUGUGUGUUUGUGCAGGACCCUGGAGCAGGCAGCCUCAGUCCCGGUGGUCUACGCUACAGCAUACUACUCUCUGAUUGUGCGGGGCCGGCUCCGCCCUGGAGAGUCUGUUCUGAUCCACUCAGGGUCAGGGGGCGUAGGCCAGGCUGCCAUCGCUAUAGCACUGAGCAAGAAAUGUAAAGUCUUCACCACAGUUGGUGAGUGAUCUUAUGUUAAAAUAACACUAUCACAUUAAUUCAGGCCUGAUCUGAUAUUGCAUUGACUUUCAUGUAUACACUGUAUGUUUUAUCAAGUGAAAGACCGUUUCUGUUAACUUUUUAAAUAUUUUUAAAAACUGUUUAUGAGUUUUUUGGAUCUCCUAAACCCAGAUAUCAAAAAUCAAAAAAUAUCCCCUCAGUUGCUGCAAGGCUUGUUUUGAAUCCUGUUCUUUUGGACCAGCUUUGGUAUCACUAUUUCUCAAUGCUAACAUUUUCUGUGUAUGAUGUCUGAAGGCUCAGCGGAGAAGCGUGCCUACCUGCAGCAGAGGUUCCCUCAGCUUACUGCAGAGUCCUUCGCUAACUCCAGAGACGCCUCGUUCGAACAGCAUGUCCUGCUGCACACACAGGGAAAAGGUGAGACACACAGCAUUCGAAUUAAUGAUACCUUUAUAGAGGCACUUUUAUAAAGAAUUCAGAUCAUACUGUAUCUGCAAAGAUAAUAGAUAUCACACUCCACUGAGGUAUUAACUGCAAGUCUUUCCACACUUCAAGAUAAACUUUUUUAAACUUGAUAAAGAUCAGCAUUUCUUCAAAACGGUGCUGGUGUGAAGCUCAGUCAAAAAGAUUUUUAUCCAACCAGAGACCGCUCAGUUACACAUACAGAUUGCAACAAUGGCAGUUUUUAAUGACAUACUGUAUUUGCUGUGUGUUUUAGGUGUGGAUGUAGUGCUGAACUCUCUGGCUGAGGAGAAGCUGCAGGCCAGUAUUCGCUGCUUGGCCAGACAUGGACGUUUCUUGGAGAUCGGCAAAUUUGAUCUGUCCAACAACUCUCCACUGGGUGAGUGGAAGAUAAAAAUGUGUAAUGAUUAUUUCUGAUUUGUGCUUCAUGCUCAAUCCUUUUUUUACAUGAGUAGUCAUAUUGCCAACACUGAUUGCCCUACCAUUCUGUGUCUAUCUAGAGUGUAAAUCUCUAGUUGAGAAGUGUCCGUCUGUUGGCAUCAUGUUGUUGUUGUGAUCUCUGCAGGCAUGGCUCUGUUCCUGAAGAAUGUAGCGUUUCACGGCAUCCUGCUUGACGCACUCUUUGAAGAAGGUAAUAAGGAGUGGGAGGAAGUGUCCGAGCUGCUGAAGGAAGGUAUCAAAGGAGGUGUAGUCCAGCCUCUGAAGACGACGGUGUUUGAGAGGGACCAGGUGGAGGAGGCUUUCAGAUACAUGGCUCAGGGGAAACACAUUGGAAAAGUCGUCCUGAGGGUCAGUUUGGACUCAAACUUUGGCUUUCGAUAGAAGAAUGAAACGAUUUUUUAAUUCUAACUAUGAAUCAAGUUUUAAUUGUUCAUCUGGAAGAGAAAAUUCAAAGAUGUGCGACACACUAGAAAUCCUCUCACUGCUUCUUCUCUGCACACAGGUCUGUCAUGAGGAAAAGGACGAGGCAGUCAAAACUUCCUCUCCUCUGUCUAUUCAAGCGAUCUGUCGCACGUUCUGUCGCCCCUCCCACUCUUAUAUCAUCACCGGAGGACUGGGGGGCUUCGGACUGGAGCUUGCUCAGUGGCUGACUGAGAGAGGAGCUCGCAAACUGGUGCUGACUUCAAGAUCAGGAAUCAGGAACGGUGAGUUACAACCAGAUCCAGGGAAGAGUGUAAAACAACCUGAAAAGCUACAAACUGGUGUAACAUGUUAGAAAUCUGUCUCAUAAUGCUGCGCCAACUUGUUGUUUUCUCCUGUCACUGUUGCUAGGCUACCAGGCAAAGCGAGUGCGUGAAUGGCAGAGUCAGGGUGUGAAAGUGCUCGUGUCGACCAAUGAUGUCAGCACGCUGGAGGGGACGGAGCGCCUGAUCGCCGAGGCCAACUCAGUGGGCCCAGUGGGAGGAGUUUUCCACCUCGCUAUGGUAACCUCAUCAUCAUCAUUAGUCCUUCACACUGAUCAGAAAAUGAAUACGCAUGCGUCUUUAUGAUCCACAAAUGCAAAUUGAGAACAUCAGCAGCAAAACUGACAACAUCUAUAUAUGGUCAUUUUUGAUACCUUUAACAAGAGGUGUUCAAAUGAAUCAUUUUUAUAAUGAAUCUUGAUGCAAACUGUCCAACACUCAGUACGUUUACAUGACGCUCGAGAAAACCGAAAUAUUGCCCUACUCUGAUUAAGACCUGACAACUUAGUCCGACUAUAAUCAAAGUUUGAGAAUUCCAAUUGGAGUCAGAGAACUCUGAUUAAGACACCCAGAUAAUGCGAUUGGAAUUCGAUUUUCUCUACCAUAUAACCAGCGUAGUUUGAGUAUGAUUGGACGAUGCAUGUACUUGCGCAACACCCCCCUAACCCCGGAACAAAAACACCAGGGAAGAAGAGUAGCGUGCAUCUCAUCUGCAGAAAAAUUAGGGCGUACAUCAUGUAUGACAAAAACAACGCUGUAUGAUGCGCCAACUCCUUGCUCGAAAAUGCCUAGCAGCAGUUGUAGACACUUCUGAUGUCUGGCACGGACUUGCCGGGUCACCGGAAACAGCGCCACCGAUGAGACCCAUAUCGCCCCCUAGUUUUGGGGAGAAGGACACUUUCACAUCAACACUUCGAUUUUCUCAGUUUCAUGUAUACACAGACAAGGAAAGAAGUACGAUUCGGUGAAAAAAAAACGAAUUAUGAGCUUAGUCCGAUUAAGCUGUGCAUGUAAACACACUGACUGAUUCCUCUUUAAUCUGUACUCUAUCAGUACACUUUAUGACUUUGUCUCAUUGUAUGUUUUUUCAUUAACAGGUGUUGAAAGACGGCAUGUUGGAGAAUCUGACUCCUCAGCUCUUCCUUGACGUCAACAAACCAAAAUAUGACGGCACCUUAAACCUGGACAAGUAAGACAAACACAGUCCUUUAGAGAACUGUGUCUCUAUCACAAUUUUUAGUCCCUCCAUUAAUCUCUCUGUACUGUCCUCUGCUCCUCUCCAGGGUGACAAGAAAAUCAUGUCCAGACCUCAGCUAUUUCGUGGCCUACUCCUCAGUCAGCUGUGGCCGUGGUAACGCCGGUCAGAGUAACUACGGCUUCGCCAACUCUGCCAUGGAGCGUGUGUGUGAAAAGCGCCGCUACGACGGCCUGCCCGGGCUGGCGGUCCAGUGGGGUGCCAUCGGCGACGUGGGCGUGGUUCUGGAGACAAUGGGUGGCAACGACACGGUGAUCGGCGGCACCCUACCGCAGCGCAUCGCUUCCUGUCUGGAGGUUUUGGAUCGGUUCCUGUGCCAGCAGCAGCCGGUGAUGUCCAGCUUCGUGCUGGCGGAGAGGACGGUGGUGAAGAGCGAGGGAGCGAGUCAGAAGAACCUGGUGGAUACUGUCGCUCACAUUCUGGGUAAGAGCUGGAAAUGUUCAGCUGAUCAAGUGUCACAUCUAUAAGAUUAUUUCCUCCCUGUCCUCUCAUUUCUCAAACUAAAUUCAGCGCCACAGCACUCACAGUUCUCCCUCUGUAACAUUCCUCCGUAGGCGUACGUGAUGUGAGCAGCCUUAACGCUGACGCCUCAUUGGCUGAUCUGGGCCUGGACUCUUUGAUGGGUGUGGAAGUCCGACAGACUCUGGAGCGAGACUACGAUAUCGUCAUGACCAUGAGGGAGAUCCGCCAGCUCACCAUCAACAAGCUGCGAGAUCUGUCCACCAGCAAGCCAGCAGGAUCAAGUGGUACAGGAAAAAAAAUCAGCGCAUAACAACAGCAUGACAGACGUGAUGAAGGACGGAGUGAAAUAAACGUAUUCUUCUGUCUUUGCUUUCAUCUAGACUCUUCCCAGGGAGCUAAAAGAAACAGUCUGAAGUCGGUGCUGGAAUCAGACCUCAAUCAGAUUUUAGUCAACCCAAGCGACUCCACAGUGACGCCACUCAACAAGGUCCAGAGCCAAGAGAGACCUCUGUUCCUGGUCCAUCCCAUCGAGGGCUCCAUCACCACCUUCAAGACGCUUGCUGUCAAACUCAAUGCUCCCUGCUACGGCCUACAGUGCACCAAAGGUACGAUUUUUUUAAACUAACUGAGCUGAUGAAACUCCUAAAAUAAGAUUUAUCCUUUUUAUUUUGGCUGAAUUUGGGUGAUCUUUUAAACAAAUGUCAGAUCUCUUUGUUUAUUGUACCUGCGGGUCAAGACAUGAUGAUACUCAGUUUAUAUGUUUAUGAGUCUGUUUCUUAUAUGGAUGCACAUAACAAGUUGAUCGAUCUCUUUUCCAGCUGCUCCUCUUGACAGCAUCCAGUCUCUGGCAGCGUACUACGUGGACUGUAUCAGACAGGUGCAGUCAGACGGGCCGUACCGGAUCGCCGGGUACUCCUUUGGCGCCUGCGUGGCGUUUGAAAUGUGCUGUCAGCUCCAGCUGCAGAACCAGGCCGUGGAGCACCUCUUCCUGUUUGACGGAUCACACUCCUACGUAGCAGCGUACACACAGGUUAGAAAAAGAAACAUGUUUUAUUCUGGGGAGUCAUAGUGUAAGAUUUGUGGGGUUGUCACAAAACGGUAUGAGUGACGUGAUAUUUGUUUUCAGACCUACAGGGCCAAGCUGACACCAGGGAAAGAGUCUGAGGCUGAGACUGAAGCCAUGUGUGCUUUCAUCCAGCAGUUUACAGGCAUCGAGUACAACAAGGUACAAAAAUUUAGCCAGGUCUUUGGGGACUUCACUUUCUAAACAUCCAAUCAAAAAGACUGUAUAAAACAUCAACACAGUCGCUGUAACUUCACCUGUUUUGACCAAAUAUCUCCUGUACGCUUCUUUUCUUAUUCUCAGCUUGUGGAGGCUCUCCUCCCGCUGUCAGACCUCGCAGCCCGCGUGAACGCUGCUGUAGACCUCAUCACCUCCAGUCACAAGACCAUCAGCAAAGACAUGCUUCACUUUGCAGCCAGCACCUUCUACCACAAGCUGAUGGCCGCUGAAGGCUACAAGCCCGCGACCACAUACCACGGCAAUGUGACGCUACUGCGAGCCAAAGCCAGCAGUGAAUACGGACAAAGCCUGGGAGCUGACUACAAGCUCAGCGAGGUAACAUACAGACGAGCAGUAGCACGUUUCAAAACUGAGUAAACAUUCAGUUGUUUCUGUUCUGUCAUGCAGAAAGUGUUAAAUCUGUCUACAUAUAAAUGAUGGGCUGGAGAGGAAGAGGGUGGCUCUCUUUACAGCUUUAUUUAUUUUGAAACCCAGACUGAAUAAAUGUGAUUCCUGUUUUACGAUCUGUAACACAACCUCCUCUUUACUCCCCGGAGAGAGUCAACAAGAGCAGCUCACUGAGAUCAAAUAACACUCCCACUGCCAUCCUGCUUAAUAAUGGCUGUUUACGAUAUUACUUUAUUCAAAUAUGUGCAAACAACACCUGAACACAGAGUCUUACAGCACAGCUUCUAAUACACAGAGUCUAUGUGCUGCAAGUCAAACAAUCAAAGCAUCUUCUGUCAGACUAUAAAAUGAUAAACUUAUUUAAGGAAGUCUCUACUUGAUUUUUCAGAGUCUGCAAAUAUAAAGAAAUAUGCACAAAUGAAGCAUUGAUAUAUUGAACAUUUUCAUCUCGAAAACGCAUUUUUCUAACAGCUUAAUUUGAUGAAUUAUUUUGGUUAUUACAAAUAAUUACAUACUUUCUCAGUCUUCUUCUUCUGCUUUUUUUACACAGAGGCUCUUUUUGCUGUCUGCUGGUCAUUGAUUAUAGUUUGAUUAACACCUCAGGAUGCAUGAACAGUAUCUGUUUGCAGACUUUUUUCAACACUGGUGCUGUCAACAGACAUAAACAAAAAACAGUCAGACCCUCUUUGUCCAGAGGUUAACAUUUCAGCUCAUGACUUCCUGUUACUCCUUUUACAGCUUAAGUAAUACUUGUUUUAAAAACUUGCAUGACACCUCUCAAAUUCUUACCUUUGACAUGAACAUUUCUAACUGGCAUCUUUUGCAAAAUCAAGAAGAGACCGGUCGAAGCCUCAUUUAUGCUCUAUGUUAGAUAUGCAUGUAUAGAGCCUUAAGUUUGUUCUUGACAUUCAUUGCUGCUUGUCUUCUGCAUGCUUGCAGAGCUCCUUCACACAUUGCAGAACUAGCAAGUCAAUAGUUCAAACCACAGACUUUGUAGAACACACAACAUAACAGCAUACUGUGCAAAUGUUUCUUCUUCUUCUUCUUCUUCUCAUUACUGAUAUCUCUAUCAUAAAGACUUAAUACUGUCUAUUCCAAUGCAAAGGAUACAUAUACUUAUAAGAGCUGUGACACUUACCUGUUUCAAAUGUGCAGAUCUAUGUUUGUAUUUAAGGGGGGUUUAAACAAGGUCUUACACUUUCACCCAUACCAGGGAGUAGGCAGUCCCAACCCCCAACAAGCCAAUCCUCGUCCAUAAUUGUAUCCUCACUAAAUUCUUCUUUCUGUUCUUUCUCCUGCAGGUGUGCGACGGCAAAGUGUCAGUCCACGUCGUCGAGGGAGACCACCGCACCAUCAUGGAGGGCGAGGGAGUGGAGUCCAUCAGCAGCAUCAUCCUCGGCUUACUGGCUGAACCACGAGUCACAGCGAGGGAGGGCUGAACAAACUCCAACCAAACAAACCACACCCUCCACCUCCACCUUCAAGACUACUUUCACAACAUUCCCAAAAUGUCCUCCUCCAGGUUUGACUUUGUUUUAUACUGUGAGAGUAACACUGUUUGUCUUUGGACACACUUUGUUUACGUUCUGAUGUCCUAAAUGCACCUUACUGCAUUUUCAGUUCAGGAAAAUAGGACACGCUCCCCAACCUAUCAGAGCACUUAGCGGGCAAAUAAUUUUGUCACAAGUUUGUACAGCACGAGGUAAAUUUCCUCUCAUUGUGUCGCCGUGUAUUUUUUACUUUUACAUUAGGUGUUUUCAUAGAAUAGUCUCAGAAAGUUAGGCAUUAAAAAUAAUAUAUAAUGAAAAAUAAUCCAUGUGUCAAAGAAAGCUGCAGCUGCAUCUGUCAGUAUUUUAAAAAAGUCCAAACUGAAUCCGAAUAAUUAAGACUAAUCUUAAAUAGACUUUAAUCCAACAUAGAUUAAUCAUUUCGAAAGCAUCAGAUUCCAUUUUAGUGUGCACUGAAGAAUAAUCUGGCGUAGCAUGAAAGCCAGCUCUGUAGUUUCUGCUGUACGUACACAUGUACAUGUGGCUGUUAAACAGACCUGUUGAACUUCCUCCUAACUUGGGACUCAUGCAAAACUGGACCAGUGUAACUGGCAAGACCACCAUUUGUUGUCAGUUUUUUUUUUUCUCAUGUUGUUAAAAAAGAAAAUGUGGGGACUGUCGGUAUGUGUUUUUGUUGUUUAUGUAUAUGUUUUUGCCUUGAAGCAAAGCAGCAGCUGACGAUGUUGUUCUUCAUGUUUACUGAGACUUUAACUCAUUCAGAUUAUUAAACACUAACACAGUUUAACACUGUUGGUGGAUUUCCACUAAGGGAAGGGAAGAAAGCUCCAAAAUAAACCAUUAAAAAUAAACUACCAAUAUUACUUUGACAAGUUCAAAUAAUCAUUGAUUUAAUACCAAUGAUGUGUAAUUAUUAGUGGUUGUUUGUAAAUCCCCACAUUGUCUUCGCUGCAUAUAUUAACCUGAUCAGUGUUGUUUUUUUGUCGCGAUAGAGUCAUGUCCAGUCCUGCUCUGCUGCGCUGUGAUUGGUUGGAGAACUGAUAAUGUUAACCUGUCAUUGUUAACCCAAACUAGAGCUCUUUUUAAACGCUAAUUAAGAGGUUUAUGCACUCUAAGCUAACCAGUAUGUGAACACAUUACAGCAUUAAACCCAACCGCUAAGUUUGGACAGUUUAAAAGACGUCAACAAAUCCCAUUUGUUCAGGGACUCAAACAUCUGUCUCCUGUCAAGAGCUUCUUGAUAUAAAGUCUUGAUAUUAACCAAUCACAGCACAGUAUCAGAGAGAAAAGACAUGACAUCAUUGUGUUUAUCAAUUGUAUUUCUGUCCUGACCUGCUGUUUCACUGCUACAAAUGUGUGUUUGUCUGGUGUACGCUUUAGGCUCAGUAAAAAUAGCCACUUAUUCAACACAGUGACCAACAGUUAGUACAGUUAUCAUCUGUAAUUGGAAUUUAGCUUUUUCCCACCUCAUAAGGAAAUGAAAUAGAGAUGUCUGAUUGGUCAGCUUCUCUCUGCUGUGAAACUUGAUGUCAACACAUUGUUGUUUUCUGAUCCAGAACAAACGACGCAAGGACCUCGACCUCUGUGUGAACAGUAAUGGGAACACAUAAUGCUCUACGUAAGGGACAAAACUGUGACAGUUACAGUAUUUCUUGUUACACUCAUCGUAAUGUUCUGAGUAGCUUUAGCGCGCACAUUUCUUACUACGUUACACCUGUAUCACUUUUUUAGUUAGCUAUGGCCUCUAAGGGUCCUGCUGAAUGUGGAUAAGUGAUCUGAACAGCAGGACCCUGAGCGGCGGAGCGUCUGUCUCUGACUCCCAUGAGCCUCACUCAGUUUCAUGACCCCAAAGCUUACUGUCCAGUUGCAUCAUACACAGCAGCCCAUCCUGACCUCUGAGACCUCUGAUCUGGUCUAUGACGGGGAGGAGAACUGGAGGCAGACGUGGUGUCUGAAAGCAGUGAAAAGGAGAAAGAAGUGACAGUGUGUGCUCCUCUUUUAUGUUGUUAUAUUUCCACUUUUUGGUGUUCCAACUAAAAUAAAAACCUCUAGUUAAUCACAAUCUUGGUCAUCUCUCUUUUUUUCCCUUUACUUUGACAUGAAAAGCUGAAAAAUUAAAGAGAAAUAAGAUAAUCUACAAUAUACACCAUCUUAGGUUAUCAUUUGUUGAUAAAAAAAAGUGUCUCCUGAGCAUUUGUCCUCUGCAACUUUAAAAAGAAAUUGCUUAAGAAUAAAACCUAAAAACCCAUCAGAAAUGUGCAUUACAUCCUUUCUGCCACAGCUUGCAUCAAUGAAAUUAGAAAGGCCAGGGACAGAGGAGCAGACAUGAGGAACAAGAUGUGGAGGGCUGCUCAAGGAAAAAAACACAACAAAAGGCAACUCUAAACCAGAGUGGAUAAAUGACACUUUCUGAAAUUAUCCCAAAACAGCUGUUAAAACAAAAUGAGGGGUGAGCAGCUCCCUAUCCCACAAUUUCACAAAAAAGAUAGAUAGAUAGAUAGAUAGAUAGAUAGAUAGAUAGAUAGAUAGAUAGAUAGAUAGAUAGAUAGGGAAAUUGUCAAGUGGCCAUACAUAGAACACUCCACAGAACACACACAGACAAAAACAGAUAGAUAUAACAUACAGAUGCAGUCACAUGACCUUGAAAUGUCAUAAUGUAGAUGGCAGGCUCAUGAGUUUCAUCAGGAUUUAAGGUCAAUAUUAACUCAUUAAAGGUGUCCUGUGUAGCAAAAGCAUCUUGUAAGGGUGGAGCAGUCUAACUGUAUCAUCUGCAUAAAAGGGAAAAUUGUUGUUAGGAACAUUAUGAUCAAUACUGUUGGUAUAAAUUGUAAACAAUAGUGGUCCUAUAACAGAGCCCUGCGGUACGCCAUUUAUUAUUUCAAGAAAUCUAUAGUUAAUGCCUUAAACCUGCUUUCACUGCAAUCUGUUUGACAAAUGAGACAGUCUCAGCUCUUGUCAGUAGUCUUAUUGAUGGUUGUGGUUAUGUGUUUUAAAGUAUAGAUCGAGAGGCCUGGUAUUGAUAUGCACAGUUUGAGAAGUAAUUUACUGAAAAUAAGUAUCAAAUAGUCUUAUAAUUUAAGAUGAUUUUUACUUUUUUUUUUCAGCAGUAUGUUUUGAUUAUCUGGAUUAUAAAACAUAACUUUUUUUUGUUUGUAAAAUUUUGAACUUGAUGUACAUGUGCAAGAUAAACAAAACAGGAGCAGUCCCAGAACAACAACUUGAGAUCUAGAGUCCAAGGGGAAUCUUUAACUCUGCAUUAUCUACCCAAAUGGUCUGACCAACCAAAGGAGUGUUUCACACAAGAAAGCUUAGCACCAACCAAGACUGGAGAACACUGUUUAUUCUAAGUUUAAAGGACAUAUUUGACUGCAUUGUACAUUAACCCUUCCCUGCAAAUCACAGCAGAUUCACAUCACAUGUAAAUUUAAUUAAACAUCUGCACAUGACUACAGCAUCAGCUGACAAAACACAACAGGUUUUGAUUUAAAUAUUUGAAAAACGUAGAUGGCUUACACUGGCCUCUGCUGCAGCAAGUAAAGCUAUGUUUAAUCAAGCACUUUAUCUCAGUGAUGCAUUUACUUUUGUGUGUUUGCAUGUUUGUGUAUGCAUGAUCAAAAUACUCAUUUCAGUUUUUGCUUGCAAGGUAGUGUUGAAAUACUACUGCUCUCAUGGGUCCAGAAACCUCUGCUGUGCAACACAACACAAAGACAAAACAUGUUAGUAGAAUUGGUGUUACGCAGUGACUCGGUAUGGGUGGACAACAGCAAAUAACAGUACAAAAAGAAACCAGCAGAAAAAAAUAUACAUGUUAUUUAAAAAUGAGCACUGCAGGUACAAUUAAGGACUUUUAAAUGGUUUUGUAGCACAGCAAUGUGAGCUUUAAUCAUCAGAUGACUGUCUUAUGGUACUAGUUUAAAUUCAAGUUGUCAAACCACAAUAUAAAUAAAAAUUAUUGUUACAUACUGUAUCUUUAGCUAGUAACUGCUACUUCAUGUUUGCAUUUGCUCUCUGGUGGAUUCCAGUAUUACAACACAACAGAUGAGAGAUGUCUUGCUUAGAUUUUAUGACUGGUUGUUUGUUGGCAAGAGAAAUGUUGCAAAGACAGAUACAGUAGGUGAUGCUCGAAUUUAACCAUCACAUAACUUCUGAAGCUCUAAGAGGCAAAAGAGAAAGAACUGAAAAGUAUAUCGGUUUGAUCAGUUCAUGACUGAAGAACAAGAGGAGAAAUAAUAACUUUUUUAGUUUCUAACAUUUUUUUCAUCGGUGCAAACAGGUAAAAAGUUUGUGAUUAUUCCCCAGAUAUUGACGAUAGUGUUGAAUGACUUGCAGACACAUAAUGUCAAGUUUGUGGUUACCUUGAUUUUAGAACAUAAAGAUUAAAAUUCAACUUCAACAAAACAAAAAGUCCUAAUUCUAACACUCCACAGUGGUGCAGUUCAGCCACUUAUGGCUAAAAUUCUGUGUAGCAAUAAAACACAUAAAACUGACUUUAAAUCAAAAAUUUAAUAUUUUUAACAUUUGAUUUUUUUUUUCUAAAUCACCUGAUUGUGAUGUACUAGGUGCUGAUUGGUCAAAAUCUCUAGAUACCCCCGCUGAUGAAAUCCAUUAUUAACUCAUCAUAGUAAGAGCAACGACAAGAAUCGACCGUAUCACAUCUCGUAUCGUAUCAGUGCGCAUUGAAAGUUCUGUCCCACCUUCUGUUUGAAAAUAGUAAAUUAUUAACUUUCCGUUUGUUGGAUUAAUUAGUCUUAUCUACAACAUUGCAUAUGUUGAGAGAGUGUCCUAGAAUUGAGGCACUGGCAGUAGAGCUGGCGACAGCAUCACUAACUAACAGGUCGAUACAAAGAAACGUACAGCGCAAGAUACAGUGUUAUAACUCGUGAUUUUUGCAUCAUUAGUUUUAAACAAGUGUCGACUACAAAUUUCCGAAAGGAAGAUAGAAAUGUCAAUUUAGAAGUCCCGUUCACCUCGUCUAAAGUAACCGUCAAUGAAAACGUACUGUUGAAUCAACCGGAAACGAGUAGAUUAGAAUGUGUAGCCAUGGAAACGGCACAGUGGAAUCAGGCGACUACUUUUUUCAGCCGCAUACAUAUAUGUUUGAAAAUGAUAAAAUCAGUGUUUUCUGUAUCGUGAGCCAACUUGUUUAUAUAUUUGGUCGGUGGCUGUGUAAAAUGCAAGACUGUACAGCUAACGUGCAAAAUAUAUUCGCCAUUUAACAAAACUACAGGCUAACAAUGCAAAAGCCCUUACUUGAUAAUCGGAAAUUACCAAAAAUGAAAAGGGGUAUAGGUUUGGUUCAGUGGUUAAAUCAGGCACCCCCAUGUAAAGUGGAUAUCGACGUUGAAACAUGCAGCCUAGACUUAUUUCCUACCCACAACCCUUCACUGCAUGUCACUCCCUACUCUCUCAUCUGUCCUGUCCCUCCAAAAAAGAAGAAAAAAAAGCCCUGAACUAAAUUUAAAAAAGGGGAACAAUUUUUCUUGCAAAUCCCUUUUCAACCUUUCAAGUCAAAGAGGAACCCUUUCAGAAUAAAGUUUCUCCCUUUUCUUUGCCUCUCAGAGCUUCAUCGCAUGUAUCUGUCAACAAACCGCUCAACCAACAGAGAACCAUCAAACAGAUCCACUCUUUUUAAUGCCAGUCAUCCUCUGUGCUUCAGUCCUGCAUUCAUGUUCAUCAUUUGGUCUCAGAAGAAGGAGGUGUCUGAAGAAAACGCCCCCGCCAGCCUGAACUCCUCCUUCAUCAACACGCAGAAGAGACGCUGAGGCAGAGCUUUGGAGUACGGUGCGGGCCGAGGGACACACGUGCGCAGCAGAAUCUCUCGGCCUGCUGGAGGGGGAAAGUCAGGCACUUUGUUGCUUCCUCCAGCCGGUCGUCUGUCGGAGCUGAAGUCCUCCUCUAGAGCUGACAGGAGGGCAGCCUGAAGAAGAGGAGAAGGUGAAACGUUACAAACCAGCAGUCAGGAAGUAGACUUGGCAGAGGGUUGUAGUAUUUUAGUGUCACAAGUAUCAUCUCUUAUCUUUCAAUGCAGACUAAUUAGCUGUUUAUUUGUAAUUACUAGACUGUCAUUGAGGGACUUUUAAGGGUGUAUCAGGUUAUUUAAGGCAGGCAGUCUCAGCGGCUCUGUUUACCUCAUCACUGGUGAAGUCAGCCAGCUUGAUGUAAGCGGCAGGUAGAGGAAAAACACAAAGCACAGUCGAAAAAGAGGAAAUUCACAACAAAAUAUAAAGUACUUCAGUUUGGAUUGAACAAGAAUUAUACACAAAAUGCUGCGAUGAAAGAAAGUAGCAGGAAAUCUCUGUCAGCUGUAUCCCAACAUCACAACUUCAAACUGGGAUUAAAUCAUCCUGAUGUGGUUUUGGCUUAAUGUAUUCAAGUGAGACCUUCAUAAUCAGCAAAGUCUGAUUAACGCUUGAAUCUGUUGGAGUCUAAGCAGGAGUAAAUUAUUUUAAAGUUUAGCAUUCAAAGCAGCUGAAAUGAUUCAAGUCCAGGACUGAUUUCCCUUCAUUUGUCUUCGAUUCUGAAGUAGAGACACACAGAGACAUUCAGGGGACUGAGAGCUCUUACCCUCUGAGAGUUAAUGAACAUUUUGUGGAUGAUGCUGCCAGCCGGACCCUGGCCCGCUCCGAUCACAUCCACCUCUGGUUCCUCCAGCAAUAGGCUGACAAACCUGAGGACAGAAUCAGAGUCAUGUGACACUGAGCCGCACAGAGGUCACAUAAUUGUAUCUCAGAGUAAAAUAUAAAACACAACUUUGUUACUUACUUCUCCAGCUCUUCUUGGUCCUCUCCUUUCUCCCCCUCACAGAGAGAAAACUUGGCCUUGAGUGAACGAGCUCGGGUGAUGACGGUCUCCAUGGCCGUCAGCUGGUUAAUGAAAUCCUGCAGACAAAGAAAAGCCACAGGAACUUGAUUUCUCCAGGAGCAGGAAGAGCUUUUAAUUAUUACAGCACAAUAACACGAGUGCAGACUGUGUUUGAAUCAGUUUUUCUUCCGUCUGUUUUAAGAAUAAAACAUUUGAAUUAAACCAAGAUAAAAAUGUUUAAGAGAUAGACUUUGCUUUGUAAUGGAAAUAUGAGAACUAUUUUUAAAUCUAUAAUUUCUUUUACAUGAAAAAACCUCCAAAACUACUUGGCAAAGUUCACAGCAAAAUUGAUGUAAUGCAUAUUUUCAGGGAAUACUUGAUUGUUUGAAGGUCUUUUUUUCUACAUUAAAGUUAUAUUUUGACACUCUGGAUGUCUCAGGGUGUCUGAUUGCAUCCUCUGGAGUUUUAUUCCACGUCUCAAACACACUGACCUCUAACUUCUUGAUGUCGUAGUUUGGCGGGUGAAGCAGCUUGCUGGCCUGACUCGUAGCUUGCCUAAUGCUCUUUUUGACUGAAGGAAUGUCUUCUACCGACUCUGUGAAGAGAGGACGAGGAGGAGAUGGAGAGAAUAAAUCAGCUGUUGUUAGAGUCACAGUGUGAUGGAGUCUAUAAAUGAAAUCACUUUUAAUAAAUAAGGACACUUUAAAAAUCAAUAUUUGGUGCACAGUUAUUGAUUUCUUUGGACGUAAACAUUUUAUUUUGCACCCUGCAGACUUCAUUCAACAUAAUUUAGUUUCACAGCAGCCAAACGUUGGAAUGGGAUUUGAUCAGAUUUACAAAUUCAACGUCUUUGAGGGAAAUUAAUCAUACUGUACAAACAAAUUGAAACAAAUUCAAGGUGAAGUAAUUUUAAACCCACUAAAGGUGACGUUUUAAAUCCUGAUUUCAAGCCCAGUUCCCUUUUACCAACAAAAUUUCAGUUGAUUUUUAAAUAAUCUUGCCAGGUUAUCCUCUGAUGUGAGAUGUGUUAGAGUGAUUUUCCUUUCCCUGACCUAUGAGCCGCCCCACUUGAAAUCAUGAAUUUUCAACAUGUUCAAUAUGUAGAAUCAGAACAAAAUGACAGCCAAUCAGAAGCAAGCUGAUUGAAGAAGGAAGCCCAAUGACCGACACAUCAACUAUGGGCAUCAUGUCUAGAGAACUGGCUUCGUAAUUUGUGGCAGU